GGUGGCUACAUGAAUACAUUUUGAAAAGAUAGAUAAUUUUUUAACGCUUGUACAUUUUUUGAAGUUCUGAACGAAUUGCUUUCGUUUUUCUGUAUUGAAUCAUCUUCCUGGAACUAUUUACCAUAUAAGGUAAGGCUAAUAGGAACCCUGCAGUUUGAUGUAAGCUUUGUGACAACAACAACGUUUACGGUGUUCAAAUUUCUUUGCAAUCCUACCAUUAAAUUUUCCUUUUUUUCAUUAGCUUGUUAUGGGUUCAUCUCCGUCGAAACCAGUGUUAAAAGAAGAAGAAGAAAAACUUUUAAGAAAUGCCAAGGAAGAGGUUGAAAGAAAUCAAGUUCAUGAUCUACAUAGUUUCUACAAUCAACAAGUCUCUAAUUGGGAGAGAAUUGAGUUAUAUUUUGCCAUAAUGGGAUCAAACAAUCCAGGAAAGUCGUCAUUCAUCAACGCCAUAAGAGGAAUUGAAGCUGACGAAAGAGAAGCCGCACCAAACAACGAAUCAGAUUUGGAAACAAUAUAUCCUCAUCCUCAAUACGAAAAUAUAAAACUUUGUGAUCUUCCUGGCAUUGGAACUCCUAAUAAUCCUGAUCUUGAAACGUACACUAAUAACAUCGGUGGUCUGACGACAUACGACGGAUUUAUAAUAUUUAGCAAAUCAAAAUUCACAAACCAUGAAAUAAAGCUGGUUGAAAAAUUUUCAAAAGAGCUUCAAAGGCCUUUCGCUUGCGUUCAUACGCAUGCGCAUGUCAAUGUUACAAAUGCAGAAGACGGCGAAGCAUCACAGUUUACUGAAGCCACUGCAUUAAAUGAAAUAAAAGAAUGUUGCUUUGACAAGCUGAAAGGCUUAGUAAAAGAUGCAAGUGAUAUUUACGUAAUUGACAACAAUGAUACACAAAAAUACGACUUUCAUCAUCUGCGUGAAAAUGUCAUCUUGAAGUUGCUCGAACGUCGUAAAGAGUAUUUUUUACAUUCUCUUAACGGUGUCAUUUACGGAAACAGAGAAUUAUCUGAACAAGAAAAACGCUUAGAAGAAACUAAGUUCCGUGUUAACAAGUAUGGUUUAGUUGAUAUUGACGAUUUUUGCCAAACUCAAAUUGCUUCAUGGAGAAACAUGAAAAUAAAUAUUGCUGUAACAGGAUGUGCUGGAGCAGGAAAAUCAUCUUUCAUUAACGCCGUAAGAGGACUCGAACCUCGCCAAAACGGUGCAGCACCAGUUAAUAUUACCGAAACCAACACAGGGCCCACUGCAUAUUCUCAUCCUGAAAAUGAAAACAUCAAACUCUGGGAUCUACCUGGCAUUGGAACACCUACAUAUCCUAAUAUUGGAGAAUAUUGCAAGAUUGAGGGUGGUCUAAAGAAAUACGACGCUUUUCUUAUUUUUUCCAGAUCCCGGCUCACUCAACUUGACAAAGAACUGGCUGAUAAAGUUUCAAAAGACCUUAAACAGCCUUUCUUUUUCGUUCGUACCAACGUUCAUCACGAAAUAGAGAAUGCUCAGGAUGACGAAGGACCAGCGUUUGAUGAAACAUCUGUCUUGAGAAAAAUGAAGAAAGAUUGUUCGAAAAACUUGAAAGGCUUAAUCGAUGCUGAGAACGACAUCUACAUGAUUGACAACAAGUUUCCAGACAAAUAUGAAUUCAAAGAUUUACGUACGGCUGUUCUCACAGAGUUGCUAGAACGUAGAAGUGAACGCUUUGUAAAAUCUUUGCACGAUGUAAUAUACAAAAAUAGCUCAAUGACUCAAGAAGAUAAGUGCUUUGCUCAAGUUAGAGAUCGCGUUGAUCGUCAAGGUCUUUCUGGUAUUGAUGAUUUUUACCAUCGUCAAAUUAGUUCAUUGAGGGAAGAAAAGAUAAUUCUAGCUGUAACUGGAUUUACUGGAACAGGAAAAUCAUCUUUUAUCAACACUGUGAGAGGACUUAAAGCUCACGAAAAUGGAGCAGCACCAGUUGGUGUUACAGAAUCAACUUCAGCUCCCACUAAAUAUACUCAUCCAAAUAAUGGAAACAUCAUUUUUUGGGAUCUACCAGGCAUUGGAACACGUGGAUACCCCAAUCUUAAAGAAUACUCUAAAAAAGUUGGUGCUCUAGAGAAAUACGACGCAUUUCUUAUUUUUUGCAAAACACGAUUCACCCACUAUGACAGAGAAUUGGCCGAGAAAGUUUCAAAAGAAAUAAAAAAGCCUUUCUUUUUUGUUCGUACUAACGUUGACACAGAUCUAAAGAACGCCAAUGAUGAUGAAGGACCGCAGUUUAAUGAAGAAUCUGUUUUGCAAAAAAUGAGGAAAGAUUGUCUAGACAAUUUACAAGAUUUGAUUGAUGAUGUAAAGUAUAUCUAUAUGAUUGACAACAAGGUUCCAGAGAAAUACGAUUUUGAUCGUUUGGUAAAAUCGAUAUCUUUGGUUUUACCAGAACGUAAAAAAGAACGUUUCAUUCUCUCUUUGAGUAAUGUGACACGUAAAUGCAUAAAAAGAAAGGCCAAGUUUUUGAAAGAUCGAGCAGCAAAAGUGGCUGUUGCCGCAGCUGGUUUAAACUUUGCUCCUGUUCCUGAAGUUGGAUCAGCUUUUAACUUAGCUGUGAUUUUAGGAGAAAUUCAUAGUUACCGUCGCCAGUUUGCCCUUCCUGAUGAAGAAUCUGAAAUAUUCAAUGCGUUGAGUGCAGAAUCACAAAAUAUCAUAUUGAACUACAGGGUUCAAACAGACAACGAUUUACUGCUUCUAUUUGGUGAUAGUGCUAAGGCUAUUGGUAUUGUAGAGCUCACAAAAUUCAUUCCAAGAAUUGGACAGUUUGUGUCUCCUGCAUUAUCGUUUGUUUUCGUUUUGAAGUUUCUUUGUCAGUGUAUCAGCGAUAUGGAAAAAGUUGCUCUCGAUGUUUGGGAUGAAAUAGUUUAGGGCAAUGCAAAUUGAAUUGCACACAGUAGGCGUUUUCUCAAUACAACAACAACUUGUAAUAAUUUUAUCUUAUGACAUUUAUAAUGCUUAUUUUUACAAUUUUGCUUGUUCAUUCCCGAAAAUGUUUACAGAUUUAACGAUCAACUGUUUUAUCUAUCAUGUGUAUGAUAUAGAUGUACUUUCCUAUCAUUUUCUUCCUCUUAGUAGUAUAACCAGAAUUGUAUGUAGCUAUACAUAACACGACAUUUUAAUUUUCUUUUUUAGUUCUGCUUUUCCAAAGUAUACGUCACCAAAUCUUUUAACAGAUAUUAUCUUUUAAUAUCUUGAGUCAUAACUGUGUUAAAUGUAUGCAUGAAUGAAAGGCUAGGUUUGUGUUACAAGGAUUAAAGUUUGCUUCAGAAAAGAAGCUGUAUAUACUCAAACCUUGCCAACUAGUAUACAGCAUUAUAUUUAUAUUAACAAACAAUUUUGUUUUGUGAUUUUGGUUUCUAACUAUCCGAUCUUAAAAACGUA